AGCCAAAGACGGAAGGGAGGGGAGUGGAGAGGAGGAAACAAAACCAAAGCCUGAAGAACAGAAAAAGGAAUGAGUUUGUGUUUUGAUCGUCUUCGUUAAAUGAGAGCCAGCGGUUUCGUUUUAAAGUCAAAGUGGAUUUUGUGGAUACUUUUCUAAAUACUUUUGUUUCUCUACCUUUUUGGCAUUACAAAGGUGUGAGUCAGGGAAGUGGGACGCUCUGAGUAGUGGGAGGAGCAGCAGGGCUCUCCAUGUAUGGACUCCAGCUCUGUUCAUGUGGUAAAUAGAGGGUCACAUGGGGCAAUAGUCUUGGAGCAGUGUAGGGGGGGGUGGGGAUGGGAAAGGGAGGGAAAGGAACAAGGAGAGAGGAAGACAUACUAACAGGACUUUGGCCUGCCUCAUGUGCAGGAGGCGGCACUUUCACCCUGAGUUUAGAGGAUUUAGAGAGAGAGUGCCAUGUUGAGGUCAAACUAAAGCUUCAACUGCCUCAGCAGGGCCUUGAUUUGGAUUUUUUUGUUCUCUUCCCUGUGGGGGUGAAAGUUCAACAGCUAGUCCCACUCUGGUUUUCGUGUCACUGGGCACCCCCUUCAUACGUUCUUCCAGACUAUUGAAGAGCCAAGAUGCCCAUCAACUUCACUGUAGUGCCAGUGGAGGAUGCAGAGGGCGGCAGCAACAGCGCGGCUGCAGCUGGAGAAAGCAAACCCGUCAGUUUGGGCAAAAUCUUCGAGGAGGAAGCCGGUAAGGACAGCUUACAAGAGUCUCACUCAGGAGAUGACACACACAGAGAGUCCAGUCCAUUCAUCAACUCAGACGAUGACAAAGAUCACUAUUAUGAAGGCAAGAACAUGGCCCUGUUUGAGGAGGAAAUGGACAGCCACCCUAUGGUGUCAUCUCUUCUCAACAAGCUGGCCAACUACACCAACCUGACCCAGGGCGUUCGUGAGCACGAGGAGGCCGAGAAUGAGGACGGGGUCAGGAGGGUCACUGUCGUGGUCCCCCCCAUGGGAACCUUCAUUGGAGUUUACCUGCCCUGCAUGCAGAACAUCCUGGGCGUGAUCCUCUUCCUGCGUCUCACCUGGAUCGUGGGCACGGCAGGAAUCCUGGGAACCUUCGCCAUCGUCUCCAUGUGCUGCAUCUGCACCUUGCUCACAGCCAUAUCAAUGAGCGCCAUAGCAACCAACGGAGUCGUCCCAGCCGGUGGCUCGUACUACAUGAUCUCCAGAUCACUGGGUCCAGAGUUCGGAGGAGCGGUGGGUCUGUGUUUCUACCUCGGAACCACCUUCGCUGGAUCCAUGUACAUACUGGGCACCAUAGAGAUUCUGCUGACGUACAUCAUCCCAACAGCAACGGUGUUUGAAGGAGGUGAAAGUGCAGCAAAGCUCAACAACAUGCGCGUCUACGGCACAGGCUGCCUGCUCCUGAUGGCUCUGGUAGUGUUUGUAGGGGUGAAGUAUGUGAACAAACUGGCUCUGGUGUUUCUGGCCUGUGUGGUUCUCUCGAUCAUGGCCACUUAUGCAGGAGUCAUCAAGACGCUCAUCGAACCACCAGAGAUUAACGUUUGUCUGUUGGGGAACCGAUCUCUGAUGAAUGAAAAGUUUGAAACAUGCGCAAAGAUGGAGAUUGUGAAAAACAUAACUGUAUUCACCGAGGUAUGGAGCCUCUUCUGUGACAGUAAAUAUGCCAACGCGACCUGUGACGAAUACUUCACCUUGAACAACCUGACAGAGAUGCGGGCCAUACCUGGGCUACUGAGCGGAGUCAUCAAAGACAACCUGUGGGGCGACUAUGGCCCAGCUGAUACGUUCAUAGAGAAGAAGAGUCAGCCUUCAGUACCAGCCCAGGACCCGUCCACUGACACGUCUAAGCCCUACGUCUUCAAUGACAUCGCCACCUACUUCACUCUGCUGGUGGGAAUAUACUUCCCCUCGGUCACAGGUAUAAUGGCUGGUUCUAAUAGGUCUGGUGAUCUCAGAGAUGCUUCGAGGUCCAUCCCAAUAGGAACCAUAAUGGCUAUUCUCACCACCUCUUUCUUCUACAUCUCCUGUGUGGUCUUGUUUGGAGCCUGUAUUGAAGGAGUGGUGCUGAGAGACAAGUUUGGUUUCUCAGUAAAGAGGACCCCAGUGAUUGGUAUCCUGGCCUGGCCGUCGCCCUGGGUGAUUGUGAUUGGCUCAUUUUUCUCCUGUUGCGGGGCGGGGCUUCAGAGCCUCACUGGCGCCCCCCGGCUGUUGCAGGCCAUCGCUCGGGAUGACAUCGUCCCGUUCUUACAGGUCUUUGGUCAUGGGAAGGCUAAUGGUGAACCCACCUGGGCUCUGUUGCUGACAGUUGGGAUCUGUGAGAUAGGAAUCCUCAUCGCCUCUCUGGAUGCUGUGGCCCCCAUCCUCUCCAUGUUUUUCCUCAUGUGCUAUCUGUUCGUUAACCUGGCCUGUGCUGUUCAGACUUUGCUCCGUACGCCCAACUGGAGACCUCGCUUCAAGUUCUAUCACUGGACCCUGUCCUUCUUAGGGAUGAGUCUGUGUCUCUCGCUCAUGUUCAUCUCCUCCUGGUACUACGCCCUGGUUGCCAUGGUGAUAGCCGGCUGUAUCUAUAAGUACAUCGAGUACAGAGGGGCAGAGAAGGAAUGGGGAGACGGGAUCAGAGGUCUGUCCUUAAAUGCAGCACGCUAUGCUCUCAUCCGGCUGGAGGAAGUACCGCUACACACCAAAAACUGGAGGCCUCAGCUGUUGGUGUUGUGUAAGUUGGACUCGGACCUUGCGGUGAAACACCCUCGUCUCCUGUCCUUCACUACGCAGCUCAAGGCAGGAAAGGGACUGACCAUCGUCUGCUCGGUCCUGGAGGGAACCUACAUGACCCGGAGGAAUGAUGUCAAGACCGGAGAGCAGAACUUGAAAGCAGCCAUGCAUGCGGAGAAGAUGAAAGGUUUCUCCCAUGUGGUGGUGUCGUCCAACCUGCGAGACGGUUUCUCCCUGCUCAUCCAGUCAGCAGGACUGGGAGGAAUGAAACACAACGCCGUGCUGAUGGCCUGGCCAACAGGCUGGACACAAGCCCGGGACCCCUCCGCGAGGAGGAACUUCAUAGAAACAGUGAGAGAAACAACGGAAGCUCAUCUGGCUCUGCUGGUUGCUAAGAACAUCGACCAUUUCCCUAGUAAUAGUAACCAGGAUCGUCUGGAGGGGGGAACCAUCGAUGUGUGGUGGAUCGUACACGAUGGCGGACUGCUCAUGCUGCUGCCAUUUUUACUUAGUCAACACAAGGUAUGGAGGAAGUGUAAAAUGCGAAUCUUCACGGUGGCCCACAUGGACGACAACUCCAUCCAGAUGAAGAAAGACCUCCAGACGUUUCUCUACCAUCUGCGCCUGGAUGCACAGGUGGAAGUGGUGGAGAUGCAUGAAGGUGACAUCUCAGCCUUCACCUACGAGAAGACGCUGGUGAUGGAGCAGAGGUCUCAAAUGCUUAAACAGAUGCAGCUGUCCCGCACUGAGAAGGAGAGGGAGAUUCAGAGCAUCACAGAUGUGUCACGCGGCUCCAUAAAGAGAAAGAAGUCAUCAGGUGUCCCUUCCCUCAACACCCUGUGCAUACCAGAGGACGAGGCUCAGUUGAUCCAUGACCGGAACACGGCGUCUCAUUCUGCGAUGAAUGAUAAAGCUGCAGGUGCCGCACCAGAUCGCGUCCACAUGACCUGGACCAAAGACAAACUGAUCAAUGAGAGGAACAAACACAGAGAAGGCAUGGGAGUUAAGGACAUGUUUAAUAUGAAACCUGAGUGGGAGAAUCUCAACCAGUCCAACGUGCGGAGGAUGCACACAGCCGUGAAGCUGAACGAGGCGGUGCUCAAGAAUUCCAGUGACUCACAGCUGGUUCUGCUCAACAUGCCGGGACCGCCGAAGAACAAGAAAGGGGAUGAGAACUAUAUGGAGUUCCUGGAGGUCCUGAUGGAUGGCCUGGACCGUGUGCUGUUGGUCCGUGGAGGCGGUCGAGAGGUCAUUACCAUAUACUCCUAGCACCAAGACGGUCCUAAUUGCUUGGAAUGGCACUGGGAGGAAAUAUUGUUGGACAGUAGGAUCCCAGAGGGAAAGGAGAUAUGGACAAAGAUGUGAGACAGAGGAAGUACAGUACACUCCCUCUCACAGGAGUCAGGAGGACCAUGAUCAGUGGGAAGGACAGAGGAGUGUACCUGCAGCACAGCCUGAGCUCAGUGCACCGUCUGGGGACGCAGAGGGCUCUCUACGCCCCCUCCUCCUGGGGCUCCUUAACUCUGCCGUAUCUAUACACUGUGUGGCCGCAACGUGGAGAGGCUCUUUCCUCAGAUGAACUGUGUUUUCUGAAAGAGCUGUCAUUUCAAUUAAACAUGCUAUAUUGCUUCACCAGGCACUUGUUGGAGGAAAGAACUACAGCUUUUCACUGAUCGUGCUAGCUGGCAACUGGCUCAUUGGUUUCAACGAAGGAUGCUAACAUAGUGCCUUUAUUUAUUUCAGUGCCAUUGAUGAAACUCUUCAUUGUCAUAAGACAAGCACUGACUUUAGACUCGUUGAAUGAGUUGAGCAUGUUUUUAAGCCAUUGUAUCUUUUACAGAAAUCCAAAGUCCCAUUGAUAACUAUCAGGACAGUUUAAGGGUAAAUGUGGCAGUUUUGAUUGUAAUCUAUAGAUUGUCUUGAACGUUGCUUAUCAGCUGUUUUUGUUGUCACAGAUAACAUCGGUGUGCCAAGCGUGAUCAGAAAGAAAGAGAAAAAUGCAACAGAGGAAAUGCAACUUUUGUGAUUUUAGCAUUUUAGUACAUUUUAGUUGAUUUAAGUUGUUGACUUGUUUGUAUUGGAGCAAAAUGUUGAAGUGUAUGUGUGAAUUUAAAACAAACUAUGAGGAAAACUGAGCAACAUGGAGCCUAUAUAGUAGUAUUUUCAUAUUAAUAUUACUAUUAUGUUUUGUCAUUUGUUAGUUCAACAAAAACAAAUUAGAUAUUUGAUGCUAUAAAAAGGGGAGACGUCAUGAUUGACAGCUGAUCUGAGUGAAGUAGUCGCAGCCGGCGGCUCGGGAAUUGAAUGAGAGAGGAGAUGUAACUUUAACUUUCCAUAACCGUCACCAGUCUGUGUAAUAGAACAUGUGUCAGUUUGAUCAUAAACAUAGUUAUAGAGAUA